UCCGGCGUGUGCGUCCGCCGUCCGCCGUCCGCGGGAUGGCGGCUCUGAGGAGUUGGCUGUCGCGGAGCGUAACUACACUGUUCAGGUACAGACAGUGUGUCCCUGUGGUGGUGAACUCCAAGAGACGCUGCUUCGCAGAAUUGGUAAGACCGUGGCACAAAGCUGUGGUGGCUGGGUUCGGCGUAACCCUGUGUGCCGUGCCUGUUGCUCAGAAAUCGGAGCCUCAGUCUCUUAGUAAUGAAGCAUUAAUGAGGAGGGCAGUGUCUUUGGUAACAGAUAGCACCUCUACCUUUCUCUCUCAAACCACAUAUGCAUUGAUCGAAGCAAUCACUGAAUAUACUAAGGCUGUAUAUACGUUAGUUUCUCUGUACCGGCAAUAUACAAGUUUGCUUGGGAAAAUGAAUUCACAGGAGGAAGAUGAAGUAUGGCAGGUGAUUAUAGGAGCCAGAGUUGAGAUGACUUCAAAACAACAAGAAUACUUAAAGCUAGAAACCACCUGGAUGACUGCAGUUGGUCUCUCAGAGAUGGCAGCAGAAGCCGCAUACCAAACUGGAGCAGACCAGGCCUCUAUAACUGCCAGGAAUCACAUCCAGCUGGUGAAAUCGCAGGUGCAAGAAGUGCGCCAGCUCUCCCAGAAGGCAGAAACCAAGCUGGCAGAAGUGCAGACACAAGAGCUGCAUCAGAAGACACAGGAGGUAGGGGACGAGAGGGCCGACCAGGAGCAGGAGGCCUACCUGCGGGAAGAUUGAGGGCCCGAGCCAGCUGCCAUCUACCCACCCCAUGGGGAAAGCAGGGGUGGAUGCCAUGUACCCAGCAUGGGCGCAGCUCUGCACAGAGAAGACACCACUGGUCCUGCACUGGCCGAUUAGACCAGAAACCCUGUGAGCUGCGAGUGCCCGGCCCCUUCCCCUGCAGGCUCUGCUUUUCCUGGACCUGGUUCUUAGCCCUGGGGCACUGUACCCUGUUUAACAUUGCACACACACCCCAAAAACAUCCCACAGCACAGCUGCUCUCUCUGGCUGAUCUUACCUCACACCCAAAAGCAUUUCAUCAGCCUGGGCCAGAGGGGCCUUCCUGUCACCCUCACGUUCCUCAGCUGUUUAGCCUGUUUUUAAUCUUGUUCAGAUUUUCAAAUAUGAUUUAGUAUUUGCUCCCUCCAGAGGGAUGAGAGUUGGAGGAAAGGGGGAGCCCAUCCAGUUUCCAAGAUUUCUCUUUAAGUGUUUCUGUAAUACCUUCUUUAAUCUGGCCCCACGGCCCUGUGAGACAGCUCAGGUCGAGGCAAUGAGUCUGUUAGUAAGGAAGGAAUGCGGUGUCACCUGGUGCUUUCAACACGACUUACUCUUAA